AUGGAGUACCCCGGCCCAGAUCCCGACAGCGGAUUGCGUUAUAGGGAAGGAGAGCCUGAAGAGGUUGUCGCCGACGCGCUUUGGGACCUCGCAUCGUUCCUCAUCCCUGCGGCAGAGUUAGACCACCAUGGCAAUCCUCUCGCCAAUCCCAACACCGAGUUGGCCGCCAAUCCGCCGACCUGUCGAUCGCAGGCAACCCGAGGGGCCCCGCGCAUCCGGCCCGGAAUCGAUUUGAUCUCCCACUCGUUUCCCGCCGCACAUCCGCCGGGGCCCGCCCAGGUCGCCGCCCGUCAAUAUUAUGCCCCAAACGUACCAUCCCGAAGGCCGUCGUUGUCAACCCCAGUUUCGUCCGCGCCGGACGGGUUCCCUCCCGCCGGCCCAGCCGGCUCCGUUAGUGCCACAGACUGGCCUUCCUUCCCCGCGAACUCGGAGGGAGGCCCGGUUAAUAAUGGAUCGCUUCCGGCCUUGGACAUGCCGCAACCCCCGUUCAACCCGGCACUCCUUCCGACGGAACUUUUUGCUGCGUUUAUGCCGCCUGCUACCCCGGGGUUGAGUCAACUAUCCGACGGGAAUUCUUCAUAUUCCCUCUCUCCUCCCAACCUCCCCGACGCAUUCCAUCCGUUCAAUCCUGCCCCUCGUGAUGGAGCCUUUGGGUCCUUGAACGAGGGCCCUACUUCCCCAUGGAUUAACGCCAUGGUCGACGACACCGCCGGUGGUCAUUACUACGAGCGAUCCAGUUCGACAGUAUCCACAGAUGCCACAACCCCGAAUCUUACCGCUCCGGUUUUCUCUCCGUCAGCGAAACGCCGGCCAACACGCCGAGCCAAAACCCCGUCGACACCUUUGGCAAUUGUUCAGUAUGAACCCCCCAGCAGUACGGAAGCAAAGUCGUCGAGAAAACGGCCGGCCACGGAAGAAAUCGCGCCCCAGGGAAUGGCUUCCCAAACUCUUCGCCAAGUACCGGUGUGCGACCACCUGGGAGAAGUCAAGGGGAUCAUGAUGACGUUUGGGAACCGGUCCAAGACGAGGGCUCCCUUUAACGAGGAGAAGCGCCAACGGACAGCUCUAGCUAGACGCAAAGGGUGUGAUUUGGCCCAAAAGGAGAGCCCCUAUGUUAGUUGUACUCUUUGUACAGAGCACAGGGUCUACAAGAACGCUCCUCGACUCCCUUGUUUCAGGAUGACUUUAACAGACAUUCUCUUUUUCCGGUCGGGCCCGGCGCCAAACGAGCCCUUCUUCACCGAACGACUGAGAGACUCAACCGACCUCGGAGACCUGUCCAAGCCAAAUGUUCCCGCGAGGAUGUUGAAGCUCACGCAACGCAUCGGAUUCCAUCAGUUAACAGUUUACGCCUCCGAGUUUGUGCCAUCAUCCGGUGAUGUCAUCUCUUACAAGUGGACCGAUCGCACAGGAGAAUUACACGAGCUAAACAUGCCGCUUUACUGCCUCACAAACCUGGAAAAGAUACACCACCAUAUAUGCCAGUACAUCGGCUCAGCCAAAUGGGCGUACCUCGAAAGUGACGAUGAGCUCAAAUCUCUAGUUGCCGACUCUCUCGACCUUUGGGCCAUUUCACGAAUGAUCGAGAUUCCCUGGGAGAUGUGCGGACCCGACACCCUUGGCGUCUCACCGGUGACAGAUGCCACGAGUCCUCACAAAGGGCGAAUUCCGAUCCCGCCCAUCAUGGAUACCCAGCUGGACCAAAUCGUUAUCAAGAAUAUCCUCACGCCCUUACGCAAGAGGCUUAUCGACAAAUUUGAGAGCCUCAUCACCCCUGCCAAGCGCGAGUCUUGGUGGGAGAUUUACCUCUCUGCCUUCAUCUUAACCAACCACAUCGAGCGGCUAGCGAAGCACUCCGUCGACCACGCCAAGACACACACAAUGCCGGGUAAAUACUCCAACAUCAAAUUCCUCGAAGGCGCUUUUCACACAGCCAAGUCCAUUCUCGCCCGCUUCCACUUUGCAUGUAACGGAUCCGUUCCGUUGAAAAUGGAUUGGACGUCGCCCAGCUUAGCGGUCAUGGCCAAACUCGAUCAGAGUCAGGUUGAGCUCAUGCAGAAGACCCAGGCCAUAGUCAGGGCCAGAGAACACCCCCUGUCUCGAGCCAAAUUGCGGAUUCCGCGCGUCGCUCUGUCCACUGUUUGUACGCGCGUGUGUCAGUCUUCCUCCCCCACCCUCGAUCUCGACUGCGCACCAUCGCGAAGCAGUUCCGAUGAAGAGGGUAACGAGGACGAGAUUGACCGGUACUACAACAUGAAGGUUGGGGGCAACGUCGAUCCGGUUGAAUGGUGGAUCGGUAAUAGGGCUCGGUUCCUAAAGCUGUCUCAGAUGGCCCUUGACGUUCUCGCUAUUCCGGCCAUGGCAGCUGACUGCGAGAGGUCCUUUAGCAUUGCCAAGCUUACUCUGAGCUCCCAGAGGCAUGCAAUGAAGUGGGAGGCUAUCGAGAUGCUUCAGAUGCUGAAGAACUGGCUUAGGAACGGCGAUAUCGUCAUCGGAGGAGUCAUGAUGGGCAGCAGUCCGGGUUGGGGAUCGAUUAAGGGGCAGCAGGGUUACGAAUAG